AUGAAUACUAAUUUCCAAAUAACUUUAUAGACCUUCAAAUCCCUUCAUGAAUAAAUAUAACCAAUACAAAGAACUUCUCUCUUUACAAAGUUAUUUAAAUCCAAAGACAAUAAAAUUAUAAAGCGAAGAGUGUUUGAAACUAAAAAAGAAUGGCUCACUUGGAAGGAAAAAAUCACUUAAGAACUACUCAAUUAAAGGAUACUUUCUUCGAAAUAUCCAGGAAAGGUGCUUACUAUCCUAAAUUACACAGUUGAAACUAUCAACCACCAAAGAAAUCUAUUUGUUGCAUAUGAUUGUGAAGAUGACAUCGAACCCUUAUUUCAAUAUUUAAACAAUAACACUGUUAGUUUCCAAGAACAAGCUUAAAUAUUUGAAUAACUGUUAUAAAUUGCUUGUAUUUUGUUUAAGGCCUAAUUCGAGCAUACAAAUUUGAAGCCAAACAAUAUCCUAUACUACAAAAAAUAAGUGCUUAUCACAGAUUUUGGAAGCGCAAGAACUCAUUAUUAAAAUUUCCUUAAGGAAUAUACAGGAUAAGCAGAGAAAGAAUGGUAGAAUAAUUUAAUAUUCUUCUACCCUGAAGAGUACUAGAAAAUUAUGGAGGAAGAGAAUUUCUACUUCAGAGUUUCCUCUUGGAACGAAUUUGAUGUCUCUGAUUAAAAAUUUAGAAAAUACAUUGACAUCUGGGCAUUAUCAAUGAUGAUGAUCUAAGUAUUUGAAAACAAUCAAACAUUGCCAAAAAAUUUAUCUGAUUAUUAUGGUUUAAAUAACAAAUAACUUUUUUAGAAAAUAGAGAACCUUAAGUAAUAUUAAAAUGGCAUCUUCUCUGAGGUCAUUUUUACCCUAUUGAUCUAAAAGAAGGAUCCAGAAUUAGUGUAUCAGACAUUUCUUUAAUAAAAGAAAUUGAAUCAGACUGAAUCGUAAUCAUAAAUGGAAUCAACUUUUACUAUUAAAUAGAUAUUUGACCAUGCAGAUGAGGAUGAGAAUACAUAUAGAUCUUUUAAACCCUAAAAUUAUUUUCUUGCCAAUUAAGCAAUUCAAGAACUUUAAGAUUAAUUCGAUGAUGACGAUUCCUCUAGUGUUAUUAGUUCUAAUUAUUAAAUUGAUAUUCUUGGUUUCACUGAAAUCAAAUAAAGAAAUAAUUUAACGCAAAUACCAAAUUAAAUACCCUAAAGGUAAAAUUAAUAGAGCCCUACAAGAAUUAAGCCAGAAUCUCAACAAUAUGAUUUUUCUUUAAAUCCUCUCCAAUUUUUCUAAAUUCAAGAUAAUCCAUAAAACUUGAAUAAUGUUACUUAAAUCAAGCCAAGCUUAGCAGUAGUAAAUUAUGAGUUCAAUCAAUAACAAUUUGAAGGAGUUCAAGUUGAAGAUACUAAAACUUAAAAUGACCAUAUUAUUUUGGUUCCAAUGCAGUCAUAAUUACAAGUGUUAACUGAUAGAAAUGAUAAAGGUACUCCAAUAAAUCUAGAACAAGUUUAAGAUGUUAUAUAAAUCGGAUAAACCUAAGGAGGCAAAUCAAAAAAUGAUAACCAAUAAUUAGGGUGUUUAUAAAUUAUUUAAUUGGAUAAAAUUGAUGAUAAUAAAUAGGGAGAAACUUCUAAUAACUUUAUUUCAAUGUUUAAUUAAACUCAAAACUUUUAGUUUUUAGAAGAUUAAAAAAUAGUUUAAGUAAAUUAGAAUAAUAGCAAUAUGAGUGAAAUUGUUACGUAUAUAGAUAAUUAAAAUUUUUAAUUUAAUAAUUCAAAUAAUUAUGAUUUAUUAAAUUUAAAUGACGAAGAGAAACCCAUAGGAUAAUUGAAUUCAUUUCAAGGAUAAAAAGAGAUUUAAGAUAAAGUAAAAUAAAUUAACAUAUUGGCAAUCGAUGAUUUUGAAAGUGAGGAUUAAUAAGUUCCUAAGGAGAAUCAAGUAUAGAAAUAAAUCAUUUAAUCUGGUCAAUAAGAAUUUAAUUUAUUAGAACUAAAAGAUUCAAAAACUGAAAUCUAAACUCAAUAAUAAAAUUCCUAAUAGACUAAUUUAUUGAUAAUUAUUCCCUCAAAACAGAAAUUGAUUCCAUAAACUGAUGAUCCAAAUUAAAGUAAGAAUGGGAUUUAAUCUUAAGUAGAAAAAAGCAAUAUCAGUAUCAUGAAAAAUUCAUUGUAAGUUUUGCAGCCAUUUAAUGAUGAAAAUUAUGAAGCAAAUCAAAUUGAUGAUGGAAGUGUUAUAAUUGUUCAAAAUCAAUAGCAAGAUGAUUAUUCACUAUUGAUUGAUAUAACUGAAAAUAAUUAGUAAUAAUUUCCAGAUAAAAAAAAGACUAAUAGAUAAAAUAAUUAAGAAAUUAUCAACAAAGACAACUCAUUUUAACAGAUUCAACAAUUUGAAGAUCCAAAAGAAACCAUAGAUUAGGAAUCACAAGAAAAUCCUGUCUCUUUGAAAAUAAUAAAAAAUUAAUUAAAUGAAGGUGUGAUACAGUUAAAGGAUAAAGAUUAAAAUGAGAUUUUGAAGUAAUUAAAAUUGAUUAAAAGAAUUUUUAAUCAUUUGGAAUAGCAUCCUAAUGAUCCAACUAAUAUCUUUGAGGAUGAACAAGGUAAAAAGAACUAAAAGCAGAUUCAAUAAUUGUUUGAUGAAAUUGUGAUUUAGAAAGAAAAAGAAUAGCUGUAAUUAAUUGAUGAUGUCAAUGACGGCCUAGAUGUUAUUUAAAAAAAGCAAGAGGCAGAUCAUUUUUUUGAUGAUAACAAUAUCUAGAAUUAUCCUCAUCUACUAACUUACCUUAAUGAAGAUCAAUUAAAUGUAUUAAAAUCAGAAAUACAGAGUAAUAAAUUUGUUACCGAUUUAAUAUAAAAAUUAAUAGAGGUGAAGGAAGAUUUAAAAAAGCUUAAACAAAAUCCAAUUUUAUAAAAUAUAUUAAAAAAACAGUAAGUCGAAUUACUUAAUAAGGAGGAACUAAAAAUUUACUUACGCUUAUUGGACAAGGUGCCCAAGGAUAGAAAAUAAGGGGAUAGACUGAUAGCCUCACAAUCUGCUGUUGAAAAUAAACUAAAAGAAAUAAAGCUAAAGGAACAAGAAGAAUUAAAUAAAUAGAAAAUUAUUGAGUUUUUAAGAAAUCCUUCUUUUGAUAACUUGCUACCGGAUGCUCUUAUUAGGAAAUUACGUGCUGAGGAGAGAAAAAAGUAUAAGGCAGCUCUGAAAGAUCUAAAACUUAAAUCAACUCAAAGAUAGAAAAAGAUCAUAUAAGAAUAGAUUGAUAUCAUUAAUGAAAUAAAGAGGAAACAUGAUAGAAAUAAGAUUUAAAUCAAUAAAAUUGAUGAAGUUAGUAAUGAAGGGAGUACGAAGUAAUCUUCAAAAAAUACUAAUUAUCUAACCUUCCAAGCUGCUUACUUAAAAGCCAUAAAACAAUUGGUAGAUGAUAAGGAUUCUGAACUACUCUCGUAGAAUAAAUAUAUACGCGAAUUCUAAUUAAUUUAGGAUGCUUAUUAAAUUACUGAUUUAGUUCCUAGUUAUUGUUAUAACUUUUCAUAGUAGUUCAAGAAUAGGAAACUUCAAUUUUAUGAUUUCUAAGGUUCAAAAUAUAAAGGCGAAACUCUUGAUGAUUAUCCAGAUGGAAUGGGGAUUUUGAGAAAGAGGGGAGUUUCAUCAAUAUAUAAGGGCUUUUUUAAGAAAGGCAAGUUUUAUUGGGGGCAAGUGUUGGAGAUGAACGAUAAAGGAUUAUUGACUUAAUAUGUGGGGUAUUACAACUAGGAAUUUGAGGUGAAGCAUGGAAAGGCAAGAUUGAAAUGGUUUAAGCCUUACAGAGAAAAGUUGUUUUUGGAAGCUUAUAAAUUUAAUGUAUAUGAAAUAUAUGAAGGGGAUUUUAUAAUGGGAUAUAUACAUGGGUAAGGAAAGAAAGUAUAUGCUGAUUAAUCUGAAUAUGAGGGAGAAUGGAAGAAGAAUCAGAGAGUAGGUUUCGGGAGAUUGAUAAUAAGGUAAGGAGGAUAGAAGUCCAUAACUUAUGAAGGUGAGUUUUAGGAUAAUGUUUAGCAUGGUAAGAAUGUUAAAGCCAUUCACCAUCAUUAAACUGGACUUGAUUUGAUAGUGGAAGGAGAAUAUAAAAAGGGCAAGCCAAUAGGAUCACACCUAUUAAUUUUUAACUAAAUCCAACAGAAAGUUAUUCACUAUUGA